AAAUACAUCUCCAUGUUCAUUCUCUUUUUGGUUCCCUCCCUUUACAAUGUUUUAACAUUGAUUCAUUCCCGCGCACACGGUUUCAGUUCUUGUUCCUUCCUUUUUCCUGUAAUUCUCUUCAGUUAUUCUAGGCUCCUUUGUUUGCUUCUUCUCGAAGUGCCUUCUCUUUGUUUUUUGGCAAUAUUUGCUGUUUUGACAACGAGGAUUGUUUUCAUUACCAUCGGUUUUGGGAAGGUUCAGCUAUGAUGAAAAAGGGUAGGUCACAAGAAGGAAAAGUUGCGAAGGCUUCUGCAAAGUCCAAUCUAAAGACAGGAUCCAUUCGAGUGAGAAAUUCUCCUAAGAGAACAAAUAAGUUGGACCUCAAAGCAAGAGGAUGCAAUGAAGAGUUGUUGAAUGAUAAAGAGAAUCGACAUUUUGUGUUUAAAGAACCUAUGAGUACAGGCUCAGAACUUCUGAACAAAAAUACCUUUAUCAAAGAAAAUAGAGGGACUAUCGAACUUCAUCCUGGAGAAAUGCCCACUUCCUCAAAAAUAAAGUUACAACUUUUUCCAAUUAAUGAAGGAACUCGCAUAGGACUUGAAAAGGAUGGGCAUAAUCCUUAUUUGGAACUCACACUUCGAGGUCGAAAGAAAAUAUCUUCAAUAUUAAAACACCUUGGAAAGAAGUGGGGAAGUUCAAGUAUAGCCGAAGGGGAGCUUAUACUUUUCCCAUAUGAUGUUAUGGAAACUCUAUCUGACUGCAGAAGAUGGACCAUUUAUGACAGUGGUACAACUGCCUCUGCUGUUUAUGCUGCUGUAGGAAGCCCUGCAAUUUUUCGGUUGAAGUAUGGCUGGUUCUAUGCACAUGAACCCAGAUCUUCUGGUAUACCUUCAACACCAACUCUCGAUAAGCCUGUUGUAGCUGGAGGAACCUCUGCUAAGUUAGAAGAAACUUUAUGUUGUGAACAGGACAUGGUUGAGGUAAGCAAAGAAUACAGAGAAACUGAUGUGGGCAUUGCGGAUAAUGAACCAAGAGUAAGCAGUGGUCUUCAACAGUCAUCAUCUCCAUGGCUUGAUAGUCUAAGCAAUAUAAGCAUUGGGGCCUUCCUGUCUGAAACAUCAUUGUUUGGUGGGCUUGAUCCAAAAUCAUUUGCUGCCAUACAGCCAUGUGAUGUAACUUCUGAUUCAUUGGAUGCUUUUAUUGCCGCCAAAAUCAAUAAUCGUCCAGUUUCAAGACUAUCUGCUGAAGACUUGCGCCCAUCCAUAUUGGAUGCUGAAGAAACAUGUCAUGCAUUUCCUCUUCAGAAAUUAUCUUCCCCAACAGAUGUGCUGACAAGUCGUAGAAAGGAUUAUUCAGUGGCAUGCAGUCCAGAUGUUUCUUCAAACUUGUUAAAGUUGUCUAAUACCGAAAAGGUCAAUGAUCAAGAUGAACCUUCACCAAAUCCUCCAUCUGGGAAGACUCAGACAGACUUGUUGCUUUCUUCACGCCAAUAUGACGAUGAAAGAAGUCUUGGGUUAACAGACAUCAACUGGAAUGAAUCUAUGGGACCGUUUGAUCUUGGCAUGCCGGCUCAAAAGCUUAUAGGCGGAGACAGUGUCAGCAUUGGCGGAUUAGUUAAAUAGCCAACUUAGGUGCAGAAUUUGUUGACCAAAUUAUUCUUGUUUGAGGACACGUUCUCAGGAAAAAGAAGAAAAAGGAGAUUUUCUGUACAUAAUAGAAACACUAGAAAAAGGAAAGAAAGAUACUAGCCUGAUAGAAUACUGAUACUUGUUGUCAGGUUUAAAAACCACAAUCGUUGGAGGAACUAAUGUUCAGCUC